AUGUGGAAGCGAUUUCAAGGUCAUGGGCGGGAUAAGGAGAGGCAUGCACAUAUAGGCAACCCUGUGCUUCUCGAAACGACAUACGACGAGGAUCAACUCAGGCGGAACCCUGAUGUUACCGACGUUCAAAAUGCUACUUACCAACACAAUGCGCCUCCUUCGCAACCAUAUCUUUCCUGGCCGGAAGAUUACCCAGAUUACAGAGCAUCGACAACUCCAACCGUGUCAUCAGUCUAUUCACGACCUUCGAACGAUCUGUACUACUACGACAAUCCAGUCGCUACAUCUCCUUCUGCUUACGAGGACAUAUCACCGCCUAGCUCACCCGAUUCCGAACAGCAACAGCAUCUUCGUCAACCUCGAAGAUACCGCUCGAUGCGGGAUGUGUCGCCCAUAGAUGAAACUCGGGGGAAACCUCAGACCGCAGAUGCUCCACACAAAACCACCAAUAUACCUGUUCUACGCAAAGCACCACCUAUCGUCCGGACCGGCGAAUCGCAGCCCUCACAAAAGUUUUGGGGAGUAAAGCUGGCACCAAACAGCAAGGUUAAAUGGGACACGUACUCGGGUGAACCUACAUCAGGCGAUGCGGGUAUCUCACAGUCUGUCACUCCAGCCUCGUACAAAGGCACCGGUCUACCUGACGUGCGGCCGAUGGGAUAUCACGUUUCAGUGUCCGGGCCUGAGAUCAAGAAGAAUGUGAGCCUUGUAGAACGCAUGGGUAGUCUCCGAGUAAAAACUCCGCCUUCGAUGGAGACUACAAAGCCUCGCGAACCGUGGAGCCGUACGACUGGGCGUUCACAAAUUGCGCCAGCUUUGAGAGACGAGAUCUCGCGUAAGCCGCUGCAACUACCUCGGAAGACUGAAGCUCGUGAGGUAGACCGGGCUGAUCAGGUUGCGUCAAAUAAACAUACGACCCCCGCCGCUCAGGUUCCAGUGGCCGCUGAAACCACGCUUGUCGCAGACGACAUAUACAACUUCGAUGCGCAUGAGAGUGCAAUCAAACCUAUUCCACCUCUCAAGAUUGGAAAGAACAUAGCUCCCCGUAAUCUUACAUCUCCCAUAUCGCCUAUAAACAUCGGGCUUGGGAUCCAGACGCCUUAUUCUUACCCCAGUCCUGUGACACCUACUCAAGCGCAGCAAUCGCUACCUCCGACGGCAGUGAAUGAGCCGACAGAAGUCUGGACACAGUCGAGAGAGCAUACCGCGAUACCAGAGAGGGAUACAGAGCCGUCGAACAGCCGCUUCUCAUGGACUACAUACAACAGCGCGACCACCUACCAGCACUCACCUCCGCCAUCACCUCCACCACCAGCCAUGCCCACACAUACGCAAGUCCAGAGGCCAAGGAUAGUAACAGAACCCAUCUCAGCCGCCUCGUCAAUCCUAAGCCGUCGCCGCCCCGUACCCCAAGCAGGUCAACUCCCCAGCCCCGUUGCUCAGACCGCCCGCAAACCCAUCCCCACUCCCUCCGUCACACCCACGACAGCCAAGAUACGCACCUUCUCCCCACCCUCGCCACGCCCAGCCUCCACACUGAGCACCACGACCAACAAAGCGCUCCCACAGCCCCCCACGACGCUGUCCGCAAGCGACCACGUCUCGCUCCUCGAAUCACAGAUGGAGGACCUGCGCAUCCGUCGCAACAACGUUCACCGCCUGCUCGAUGACUUGAACAAGGCUGCGCCAGCGAACCCGCUGAUCACAGACUUCAAGCGCGCCAGGCUAGUCGAGCAGAGGAAGCGCGCAUAUGCCGAUGAGCUGGCGGAAAUCAAGGCCGAGGAGUAUGAUGUAGGUAUGAAGUUGCAUCGCGCGUGGAAGAAGAGGGAGUUUGAAGAUCCGAAUCAGGGGUCUGCACUAUGGAUUAGGAGGGUGACAGGGUAG